AUGAGCAGCAGUCACGGUACCACCACCACCGCUGCUGAUGCUGCUAAUGUUGUCGCUGUUGUUGUUGAGGGAGAAGCGACGACGACAAAAGCGGCGAAAGAGAACAAGCUGAAGAAGAGAGAGACUUUAACGGAUGAAUACGAACCACCGUUUGGAUUGCGCAACGUAGAUUGUAUUUCUGUUCGUAGAUUGAACGUUUUGGAUGCGUUUUUUAAAGAUGAUGAUGAUGAUGAUGAUGAUGAUGAUGGAAACAACAAUGACAACAUUGCAUCGCAACUGAACUCUAUCGAAGUGUACUUCACGUUGAAACGAAUCGUGAAAGAUUCGUCCGUCUUUCUCGGGGGUGGCAUUAGCAAAUCUUCAAAACACGAACAGAACUCGAUUCGCGUGUGCGACGAUUCGUUGAAAACGUUCACAUCGAAAGCCAUAUCGUUCAAAAAAGAUAAUAAAUCGGUAUGCGAUCCAGAUUGGGAUAUAUUUGAGAAAGAGCAAAGACGGUUUCGAGAGGUGUUGGAGAGAGACGGUAUCGACGACGACGAAGAAGAAGAAGCGCUCGUGCCGGGACUGUUUGAGUUCGCGGUGUAUGGGAGAAGGGUGAAGGAACAUACGAGCAACUCCUCGAACGAGAGCAGUUCUUCACACGACGACGACGAAGAAGAUGAAGAAGAAAACGAAAAGGAAAAGGAAAAAGAAGAAAAGAAUCGACGAAGAAGACGGGGCAAAACAUCAAUCGAAGACAAAUCGAAAGAAAACCUCUUGCACAAAGCGCUCAUCUCCUUUCGCCAUGUAAAGAGAGCAACUGCGCAAUUGAAACAACUCUCGCAAAAUUCUCGAGUGCCAGUGGUUGUGUUGAGAGUAAAAUCGAGCAGAAGGAACGGGGCGAUGACGUAUUACGCGAGGGAUAUUCGAGACGUGAAAGAAUUCGAGAAUUUAGACGUUAGAGAGAAGUUGUUGAGGGAGGAGGAGAAUUUGCACGAAAUGUAUAAUGGCAGUCAUCACGUGAAUAACAACAAUGGAAAGGAGAACGAAUCUCACAAAAACGAAGACGAUAUCAGUUCUGAAACCACUGGUGGAGGUGUUGUCAUUACGGAUGAUAUUCUCGCCGCGAGUAAGAAGAAAGGUAGAACGAACAGUUUAGAUGAACGCGAAUUAGUGGGAUUAGUGUCAACGAUGACGCCAAAGACAGCAACGGCGUCUGCAUCGUCGCCUUUUUCGUCACCGUUUCGAGGUGGCCCUUUCGGUAGUGGUGGUGAGAGAGUUGGUGACAUCGUAAAAGCUGCUUCGCCGCAAUCUAAAGCGAGAAAUGCGAAUUUUAACUACAGAGAAAUCCUCGAGCAAUCCGUGCAAAAGCUAAACACGGAAAAUGCUUUACAAAGCAUCUCGAAAGUCAUGCUCGCGAGUGACCGUCGUGAAGAAUUGAAGCAAGGGAAACUUAUAUUGCAAUUAAAGUUGGAAGAAGAACUUCGCAAUAAUCGUCACAUUUCGCAAAAGACGCAGUUCUUGUUUGAGAUUGAACAAAAACGAGCUUCAUCGGAGAAGAAAGCGGACGAGUUGAAGCGCGCUUUAGAGAGCGGGCAAAAGCAAAGCUCUCGAUUGGAAAAGUUAGUCAGUGUGAAAACGGAAUCGAUACGAACGAAACGAGAGUUAUUGAUGAAAAAGCGUCGCCAGUUGGAUGAAUUGCGGAUGCACUUGGAAGGUCCGGAAAUCGACGGUACCUUACGCCGCACGGUUUCCGCGCUGCAAAAUAGAAGAUGGCAGUUGGUCAGAGAUUUAGCCGAGGCGUUUCCGACGAAGAAAGUGGGGCAGAUGUCGGCAGCUGUCGCCAGACCAUGGGCUAUAUGUGGUUUAAAAUUGGAUUUAGCGGAUCGGUUGUUAGGUCCGACGAGUGAUUCGAGUAGAAAGCAGCACCAACAUCCAGACCAACAUCAGCAGCAAAUGCUUCUGCAAAGCGAAAAAGGCACGACGGAGAAUGUAAAGUCACUCGUUUCGAACAGUGCGAGUGGUGGUCUAGAGGAUGCGAGGAAUAUAAAAAACGUGAACAACGCCGAUAAACCUGCCGGCAAUCAACUCUUCCAAACUUUAGCGACGUUAUUCGGGUACGAGGACGACGAAGACGAGGAGUUUCUCAACGCCUCCGAAGCAGAAUCGAGAGAUGGUCGCGCACGAGGAGAGAAGAGGAAUACGAAUGCGACCGACUACACGCAGUUUCACUCGUCCGCAGCGAGAGAUGACGCUGAGGUUGCCGCCGCAGCGCUAGGCACGGUCUGUUUACUCGUCGCUCGUCUUUCGUCCAUCUUUGAUGUUCCGUCUCGGUACCCGUUGGCGUUUGGUUCAUCAAGGUCGUUCGUAGGUGAUUUGAAGGAGAUCAAACGUGAGAACGAGAGCACCAGCGAUUCGAACAGGAUGGAAACUUCGCAAAACAAUGGCGACGACAGCAGUAGUCCGAAUCUACUCCUCGGUUCGCCACAGAAAAAGAAGAAAUCUUCGUCCUCGUCAAUCACGUUGACCAAAUGGCGAAGAGUUGAGUUUCCUCUGUUUCUGGACGAUCACGCAAAGGCAACUGGAGACGCUCGGAGGUUUGCGUACGGCGUUUUUUUGUUGAACAAGAAUGUGCAGCAGAUUUUAGACGCUUACGGUUUAGAAUCCAGAGGUCCUCGGAAGACUUUAGAGAACGUGGCGAGAAUUUUCCAACACGCCGCAAAACUUAGCAAAGAGAAUAGAGCAAACUAG